AUGACCGAAUUUCUACUUCGUCGGGUCCAGACGUUGAUAUUCUGGAACCUGAUUUUGAAGACGGAGGUGUUGGGAGGGAGACCGGAGAACCCCUGGCACAUGGGAGCGGCAUUACCCCAUCGUUACAGUGGUAAACGUGGAGAUAGCCAGGCGUGUGGACCGGACACUUGCAAUGGAACCGCGGGUGAGGCGUGUGAGAGUCUUUUUGGACGACGCACGGCAAUCACCUUCUGCAUCCCCAAGUUCUGCUUUCAAUUCUUCCCUGACACAGGAUAUGACCGUCCGGAUGCGGAAGUGUUUGCCAAGUUGCCUUGCGAGCCGCUGUUAACGGCAUCGCCGAUUAACCCUCGAUGCCCAGCAGUGAGAUGCGCCCACGUAUGCAAGUACGACCUCCACGACCCGAAGAUCUGCCCGAAAUACAUGCGAUGCUGCCCUUCCGGGUGCGAGGAGACCCAUGGUUUCCACUGUUGCUUCUCGUCCCAGCUGGUCGGCUGCCUCCUGACCACUCCGGGACAGCAAAACCUCUUCAGGUUGUUACUGCUGGCGGUCGUCGCCGGGUGGAUAUACGUCUUCGUCGUCCAUUUCCGGAUUCGACGAUCGCAGAGCCGAUCUGUGGUGUUACUGGCAGUGUUGAGUCCCCUAUGGGCAUACAGUCCUUAUCCCUCCAACUACCACAUCCAAACGGAUGAGGGUCUGGAGCGGUACUUCCGGUAUCAGACCUACAAUGGGCAAUUCCGAAAGGAGAAGCGCCUUGAAGACGGGACCCAAGUCGGAACUUACGGAUGGAUCGAUCCUUUCGGAAAGCUCCGACUCUACGACUACGUUGCCGAUUCUUGGGGGUACAGGAUCGUCCAGACUCGGGUGGUGGACGUGGACAAGAACGGGAAACCCAUCGGAGAACCCAUCGUCACCAAGAUGGACGAUACCCCGAUCAUGCCCUUCAUCAAUAAACACGUCCACAACGGAAUCGAUAACACGUAUCGUGUGCCCUCUUCCGAAUCCAGAUCUGCAGCUCAAGUGCCCUCAUCGAAUUAUGGAGCUCCUGAUAAUGAGCCCUCAUCCCAUUACGGACCUCCGCCUUCGGUGCCCUCAACGACGUAUGGGCCACCACCUUCGGUGCCCCAAUCGACGUAUGGGUCACCAUCUUCGGUGCCCCAAUCGACGUAUGGACCACCACCUUCGGUGCCCCAAUCGACGUAUGGGCCUCCACUUGCGGCGCCUUCAUUGGCCUACGGACCUCCUCCUUCACUGCACUCAUCUCACGGACCUUCCUUACCAGAAAAUAACGAUUUCGAUCGGAAACCAGUCAUCGUUCACCACGGAUCACCCGACCACCACGAUAACGACCUCGAAGGGGAAUCCACUUACAAACCGAUCGAGGAUACGUACGAACCUCCGAAUUACAGCACGCCUCCGCCUCCAAGCCCGGUAAAGCCCGCGCCCGUAUUCCCGAGUACCUACAAACCGCUCGUUCAUCAGGACGACUACAAGCCGGAGCAGAAGACUUACACGCAGCCCGCCUACGUACCUCCCCGAAACGUAUACAGAGCACCGGCGAAACCGACGACGCAAGGGCACUACGUACCCCCGUUGGUGACGCACUCCUUCUACGAUCCGCUGUGCGACGAAGACGGAACGCACUCCCGCAAUCCGACACCGAAGCCGACGCACGCAACGACGCAGAAACCUCAUGUCCAUUCCUACAAACCGACACCUGUGAUAUCGCACGCCUAUAAACCGGAAUCGAAGCCGGUCUACGUGCCACCAGUGGAUUCGUACGUCCAGAAACCGAACUCGCCCGACCAUCAGUCGUACAAACCGCAAUCCGCAGAAAAGAUUCACACCCACUCGUACAAACCGAAGCCCACACCUCAACAUCACGAUCACCAUAGCUAUAAACCUGCGGUAGCCGUGAGGCCUCACACGCACUCCUACGCGCACGAUCCCAAGCCGCAUCAUUCCUUCGAACCGGAACACACCUUCAAGCCGAAGGCCCAACAUGCAUCAUCCUACAAACCGGUAGCCGUCGCACACGUUAAACCGGACACCCAUUCCUACCGGCCCGAACAGAAGCCUCACGUCUACACGCCGUCGCGGCCGAACUCGCAAUUCGUGGAGACGCACCAUCACACCAAAGCCCAUUCCUUUAAACCGAAUCUCGACCACCACGACUCCUCCGAGAAAAAGCACACGUUCUACGUGACUCCGAAACCGAGUCACACCUUCUUGGAUCAUUACGCUUCGGCCAGCAACCGAGACUACCAGAUAGGCACCGUCGCUCCCGGUCACGUACACAAACGUGAACGCGAAACACCGUCGGUGACGGUGAAGACAGAGUCUCGGCCGCUCCACCUCAGACCCACGACCUCCUUCGUUCCUCCGAAGACGACCACCGAGGAAAACACUUACGUCCCCCCGGAACCUUCUUCACCGGACACCGCAGACGCAGACGCCCCUUCGUCCAGGAUAGAACCGCCCCCAUUCUCCGGUUCCGAUUCGGGCGGCGACGACAGCCUUCGGAAUUUCUUCAUCCCCGAAGAACCGGCUCCGUUCUUGGCAGCGAGGAGCGUACCGGGCGAUUUCUCCCGCGGAAACGGCGAACCUUUCCGAAUCGUGAGGAAACGCGAAGUGAAAGACCCCCACACUCGAAGCGGAGUCUACACCCAGCCUCACGACCCGAAUGCCUUCGGAUACAACACGGGCACUCAGUUUCAUUACCAGAAAUCGCUGCCGAACGGAAGAUCCGUGGGGAAAUUCGGUUACGUGGAUCCCUUCGGGAUCAGAAGGAUCAUCACCUACCAGGCUGGUCCCGCCGGUUUCAACGUGAAGAAGGAUUUCUCCUUCGUCGGAAGGGGGUACGACCUCAGCAACGAGUGA